AGUAGGACUAGAUCAUUAUUUGGCACCCCUAUGUGUGUGUGAAGUAGAGUAGUCGCUUAUCUCUGUACCGAGAAGGCAAACGGGAAAGGGCUUCUGUGGUGACUGCAAGUAACGGGGUGGAUAUUUUUUCGGAUUCUCGCUGUUUUUUCCACCUCCUGGCUCCGGCUGCUCGAACGCUCUGAUGGAGGCGGAAAGGUCCGGCGGGGUGGCGGGUGGAACGAAUCAAAGCCCCGCAGGAAGCGGAGCGGGGCGCGAUCCGAACGGGCCCAAGGCUGUGCUCGGUCCCGCUCCCAACGCGGCGGCUGCAGCCGGGGCGAUGACCGGAUCCUCCCAGCUUCGAGAUCCGCAGGACGGGGACGCGGGCCUCUCGCUACCCGGGAUCUUACAUUUUAUCCAGUUUGAAUGGGGCCGCUUCCAGGCCGAGAAAUAUCGCUGGGAGGCCGAAAGAGACGAGCUGAGGGCACAGGUGGCGUUUCUGCAGGGUGAGAGGAAAGGUCAAGAGAACAUGAAGCAGGAUCUGGUGCGGCGGAUCAAGAUGUUGGAGUAUGCACUAAAGCAGGAGAGGGCCAAACAUCAGAAGCUGAAAAGCAGCACAGACCAGAGUCCUGGAGAGAAGAAACCAGAGACAGAGGCUGAACCAAUACCCAAUGGGCCUGCAGAUUCAGACUCCGAGCCAACCAAUCAGAUGCCUUGGAAGGAAGGGCGCCAGCUUCUGCGCAAGUACCUGGAAGAGGUGGGAUACUCUGACACCAUAUUGGACAUGCGCUCCAAACGUGUUCGUUCCCUUCUGGGUCGCAACAGCCCAGAGGCUAACGGACCACCUCCAAGCGAGCAACCCACAGAAGCAGAACCUCACAGUGGGGGAGAAUCGCUGCUGGUGCGGCAGAUAGAAGAACAGAUCAAACGGCGUGCUGGGAAAGAGAGUUCUAAAGAUCGGAUGGGCGGCUCUGUUCUGGAUAAAAUUCCCUUUCUUCGUGGCUGUGAGGACGACGAUGAGGAUGACAGUGACGAAGAGGAAGACAUCCAGGGCAUGACCACGGACUGCAUCGACGGGCCACGGAAAAACAAGAAGUCUAGGGGCAAGGUCAGUGUGUUUCCGAUGACCACAGAUCUUGACCCUGAUGAUGAGGACGAUGAAGAUGACUCUGAGGAUGCCCUGGGCGAGUUUGAUUUCUUGGGCUCCGGAGAGGAAGGGGAGGGUGCGGGGGAGGCUCGCAUCUCUGGAGAUGGCCGUGAAUUAGGUUCAGAGAACCGCCGAAACAAGUUGCAAGGCAUUAUGUCGGAUUUCCCCCCAAAACCCACUCCACCUCCCUCUAUCCCAGGUCAGGCACGCUCCAGUGAGGGGGGCGCUCUGGGGUUCUCUUCUGAUGUAUUUAUUCUGGAUGCGGUAGGAGGAGGGGAUAUGAACCUUGGAGAGCUGGCUGACCUCACUGUUGCCAAUGACAAUGACCUCACUAUUGACUUGCAGGACAGUCGAGAAGAGUUCAAGAAAACAUGGAAUCCCCGCUUUACACUGCGAAGCCACUUCGAUGCCAUCCGAGCGCUGACCUUUCACCCCAGUCAGGCCGUCCUGCUGACCGCCUCAGAGGAUGGAACCCUCAAACUGUGGAACCUCAACAAGGCAAUGCACUCCAAAAAAAAUGCAGCGCUGGACGUUGAGCCCAUUUAUACAUUCAGGGCACACAAUGGUGCUGUUCUUUCUCUGGCCAUGGGAGAGGAAGGGGAGUCAUGCUACAGCGGAGGUCUUGACGGGGCUGUGCGUGGAUGGAAGAUUCCAGACCUUAAUGUGGAUCCUUAUGACAACUACGAUCCAGGUGUAGAAAGCAGCGUGUUGUCAGGACAUGAAGAUGCAGUGUGGGGUUUGGAAUAUUCUCCCAGCCUGAAGCGUCUGGCAUCGUGCUCGGCAGAUGGCACUGUUCGUUUAUGGGACCCCCACAGUACCUCACCGUGUGUGUCUGUCUUCAAUAAAGAAAAAGAACACGGCACUCCAACCUCGGUUGCCUUUGUCAACUCGGACCCGUCUCAGGUCGUUGUGUCCUUCGAUGGGGGCGAGACUCUGCUUUAUGACCUCAACACAGAGCAAAGCAUUAUGGUCCUGGAGACCCAGACUAAAGAUGGCAGCGAGCUGAUAAACUGUGUGGUCAGCCAUCCCUCUCAAGCCAUUUCCAUAACAGCCCACGAGAACCGUACCAUCCGCUUCCUGGACAACAAGACAGGGAAAGUGAUUCAUUCCAUGGUAGCUCACCUGGACGCUGUAACCAGUCUCACCACAGACCCUAAAGGCACUUACCUCAUCUCAGGCAGUCACGACUGCUCGGUGCGCUUGUGGAUGCUGGACAAUCGCACGUGUGUGCAGGAAAUCACGGCGCACAGGAAGAAACAUGACGAGGCCAUCCACGACGUGGCCUUCCAUCCCUCUCAACCCUUCAUCGCGAGCGCCGGGUCCGACGCGCUCGCCAAGAUCUUUGUUUGAUUUUUUUUAACGGGAAACACCCUCACUACUGGGCCAAACGAGUGAACACCGAAUAUCUCAACGCCGCACAUCCUCACACAAACACUCUUACACUAACUCUGAGGGGAACAACGUUCUACACAUCACUGCCUGUGUGAAAGGCACAGAACUCAAUAACCCACCAUCUUUUUAUCGAUGACUCACAUGUUGUGAUACGAAUUGUACCGCUUUUAAUACUAACGGUCUUGCUGCUCCUGAUCUCGGAUUUAGUCGACACUGCUAAAUUGAAUUUCUGUCUCUAUCUGCACAGUGUGUAGACGGGGAUGUCCAUUCUGUUGACAGAUGGACACACACACACACCCUAACACAACACACACACACACCCUGGAUUUUAAUUUCAUGCUUGGUUUAGGUCAAGGAUUCGAAGGCUUUCGGUAAACAAGACACUACCCAAGCCUGCGCAACUGCUCAAUGUAAAUUGCGUUAGCGCUAAUCUGUGAAUUAACGUCCUCUCGUAACUGUUGCCUGGUAAUGCGAUCGAUGCAUUUCAUUCCAAUGACCCGCGUUUUUUGUUUUUGCAUUUUAGCUGCACAGCUUUACCUUUAGCGUCACUGCUAAGAGCCUUAGCAUUCAUAAUCACUUUCAUUUCAAAGCCAAACAUAAGCGUUUGUGACUUUUUCGAAUCGCUCUUCAUCAUUCAUAUCUGAUCCGGUGGCGCUAUGUGUAACAUUGAAGUAAUGUCGAGUUGUAUAUUUAUAAAGUUAUGUGUCCAAGAGGAUCUGCGGUUGGAUGCGCAGGAGUGUCUGUAUAUAAGCAGAACAUCCUGUACAUAGCACACUGUCUUACAAUCACGAUGCUCCGCUUUCCUCAGAAUCAGGGACUUGUUCGUAACGUAUCAAACUUGGCAAUUCAAAAUUGGAGUGUCGGAAAAUUUGUCCUGGUGGCUUUUUGCUUUUUAUGUUUGGGUCUUUUUGGCGGUAAAGUCAGAUGCACACCAGAGGAGCUAAGAUGGCGACAAUUAAAAUUGCAACCAGCUACAAAUUUCAGUUUGUCAAUACAGCUGCAUUGUAAAAUUAACAACCUGAAUCUGCAGAGAUUUUGGACAUCUGUGAUCUUCCUGUUUCGCUGAGAAGUGAACAACAUGCGAUCCUUCGAGAGGUGUCCGUGGUGAGAAGCUUGUCUGUCAGUGUGCUGGGAGUGCUGCCAGAGAGAAGCUCAGAUAGACUGUGAGUGAUAAGAAAAUAAGUAAAGCCUGCUGUCCGUUAAGUAACCGAGGAAUCAAGGCACAACACCAAAACCUGAGGGACAUGAAUUUGAGAGGCGAGAUAACAGGGUAUUAUGGAAAAAAAGAUUUAAAGCAGAGCUCAAAUGGGUUCCUUUUGCUAACCAAGAGAUAAGGAUGCAAAGUCUGUGAGAUAUUUCAAAGAAGUCUGUGUGGCUGUAAGCAGGUGAGAUGGAAAGCGACUAAAAGAGGUCAAUCUGAUCUUCGGUUCCCUCAAUUCUGGGGAGCAAAGGUCUCAAACACGUUAGCCGGUUUCCGUUUUGCCAGGUUUAUUUUGAGCUUUAACUGGUUUUCCGUGGUCGUAGACGGAUAGCUGGAAGGCAGGUCAGAAGUGAUGGAAACACUGAUGGGUCGAGGGCCAUAAAGUCCACUCAGUCCUCCAUCUACAUCCACUCCAUCUACAUCCACUCCAUCUAUCCAGCGCUUACCACUUGGGUGUUUUAAGCAUAAGAAACUGGCUUGGUUUUGAAAGGUAGCCGGUCUACGAAAAAUUGACAUGGGUAUUUUUUUAUGUCCCUUUGGUGGUACUAAGAUCAUGAAUGUCAACCACUGAUUCACAUGCAACUGUAUCCCAUACAAACUAUUUACUCAAAGCUAACGCAUACUAACGGUUGAUUUUAUGCUACGCUACACCAUUGUUACGUUCUUUUCCAAAGAAUGCAGAUCGCAUGGGCGUUUCAAUGAGUUCAGCUAUCUCUUCUGUACUCCUGUUUCUUCAGCCCUCGAUGCAACGAGAGUCUUGAAAUUCAGACAGAACACAUUCCUUACCGAGAGAGGACGAAAAUCUGUAAUAAGAACAAAAGACACCGAUAAUGUUCAUAUCUUUGACAAGCUGCCAAUGCAAAUUGCAAGUUUCAAAUUUUAUCACUUAUUUGCUUUUCUUUACUAGACAUAUUAUGAUGAUUAUGAUUACUAGUAAUAAGGCGUAAGAAGACAGUAGGACCUUUUCUGCAUUAGGCUUGAGACUUGCUUGUGAUUGUGAAAAAGCCUAAAAAAAUCAUAUGAGUUUAUAAAAAGACUUUCAGUCCACAGCCAAGGUAAAAGGACUUUUUGUUACGUGUUUUUAUUUUUUAAUAGCAAUUUAUCACUGUGUGAUAUUUUGUACAUCAUAUUAAGCUGUAUUCAAACAAUAUCCUCUUAACUACAAGGGAUGAAAGACCAGCCUUUUAUUUAUUUUGUUUUAUUAUACAAAUUUUUAAACUGCUUUCUAGAUCCUAUCGAAUUACAUCUUUUCAUUAUUUCUGUUGACUUUCGUUUUCUUUCUUUUCUCGUUUACUUUGCAGGUCUUGUGUUGUAUGUCACUAAAAAUCCAAAAACAACUGAAUAAAAAUGGUUUUGUACAGAGA